AUGAAACAUCUAGAUCUAGGUCUAAAAUCUACCGAUAAAAUAAUUUUUUUUAAACAAAUAUAUUCAAAAUGUAAUAGACAUACAUUUUCAUAAUAUUUUAAAGAAACAUCACUAACGAUUUUUGCAAUAUAUAGUUACAAAAAAGCAAGAUAAAGCAGGCAUAUAUUUAACAUUAUUUGUAGUCUUGUAAUUAAUCAAGGCUUUUGAGUGAACACUUUGACGAACAUUGAUGUGCAGAAAAGUGUGAGUCUAGAGUCAUCAAAUCGAGAAUGGAUUGGAGAUGUCCCAAUCCCACACCACUGUUCUCAAUAGAGAGGGCGCCAGGGAGCGAUAGACCGAGAGAUUUGCGCAGAUUCGCCAGGUCUAUUCGCAAUCCUACCUUGUACGGUCUAUGCACCCGAGACUUCCAACGUGACCAGCAGCCUUCGAGCUGGCCUUCAGGGACCGAGUAUCAGUACGCUUACUGCAGUAACUACAGGGACUUACUUCCAUCCGUUACUGACCAAAGCUUGGCCGAGAGGACGUCUGCUACGGGCCAUGAAUGGGCACCAGCUGUCCGACAGGACCAUCCUCUAUUUAGACUGUAUGACACGACACCUCUUCCCUUGCUGGACAAGCAUUACAAGGGCGCCACCUACUUGCCGGACGACCCUCUCGGAGUCCAGGUGCCCGAGGAGCUGACCCGAUGCAGGGAGAGGAUAGAUGGUUCCUACGCCCUGAUAAGCUUCGAAGAACACCUGAGGAACCCCUACACGCCCAACUACCGCUAUAAGGAUUGGAUCACACGUCCACUGACCGAGAUCACUCGCGAGCUGGACGCCAACUAUGCCCUGUACUGCCACUUGCCCAGGGCCCCCACACAGUACUGGGACUUCUACAACGAGGUGCGAAUGGGCCGACCGCCCAAACCUGGCGACGCCCAUCAGGUGUACCGGCGGUGUCGUGUCAUCCCCGUCCCGGCAAACAAAGAGAUCCCCAACCUGCCAGGGACUGGAGAGGUCACCCACUUUGGCAAACUGACCAACUACAAAUUGUCAGAGACGCCUUUUAGUUCCCCUACAGUUAGGGUAUGAGCGACAGUCAUAUACGUACACUUAAAUUGCACAAUACAACUUUGUACAUACUACUCUGUUUAGAACGUCUUUGAAAGGAAGUUUUAAAAAUAUGGAAUACUUAAAAAUAUGGAAUUUUUUUAAAACUAUGGAAUUUUUUUAAAAUAUGGAAUUAAAAAAAAAUAUUCUUCAGUGAAUGUCCCAUCCAUAAGUCAAUUAACUGGUGCUCUAAAGAGACUAUACAACCUUGAGUUCUAUAAUUCCACGAUUCUAGUUUUUUUCCCCUAUAGUCUAUAGAAUCCAAGAAUUGAGAACCCUCAGUGGUAUUGAAUUCUUAUGACGAUUUUUACCAAAAUUAUUAAUAUAAAAUAAAUAAAUGACUUGUGGAUAAAAAAAAUAUCAUAUUAUUAUUAUCAUAUCAUAUUAAUUGAUACGUUUGUAAAGUUCUAUAGCUAUAUUUGCAUAUUAAUUAUUGCUUUAUUUUGGUAUUUUUGCAUCUGGCAGUUUGUUAACUUCCAUCAAGUAAUUAUCAACACAUAUCAUCCUUUUCAACACCAUCUUACAUUUUAAAACACCAGACCAUCAAAUAAUGCCAUGUGCAGAUAAUUAAAUAGAAAUAUAAUUUCUUUAAAGCCAUUUUCCAUUACUUUGUGUUUAUUCCUUAUUGUCUACAUUUCUCUGGCGGAAACG